CAAGGGUCAUGAAAGAGUCAGCUGAUUUGCACCGUACAGUGAAUGUUGGGGCUAAUUUUCUCUGCCACCAGGAGGAAAACUGUACAUUUGGAUACAUUGAUAUUUUGUUUAUGCCUUUACAUUUCCGCCCACGAGCGAGUUACGAUAACAAAUUAUAACUGUCGUUGAUGCAUUGCUCACAUACACUUGCUGCAGUGCUGAGAAUAGAGAAUAGACACACUCUAUCCAGAGGGAGGCAGACCAUCACCCCAUAGUCAAAAUAAAUCGCACUGCAACUAGUGUAAUAUUAAACGUUUUUUUUUUUUUUUUUUUUUUUUUUCUGAUGAGCAUCGGUCAUAGUGUGAUCGCAUUCUAAACAUGCACGUAAUGGCUUUCUUAAGCUGACAUUUGGUUUGUUUUAUGAUACAACGUAAUAGUGAACGAAAGGGUUAAUGUCAAACCCUACCUGUUUAUUCUCGUUAUAUUUCUUAUGGAAUACUAGGUGUUGUGUUAAGAAACACGGAAUGGCUGCCGAUUUGCAAGCGAAGUAUCAGAAACUUGCUCAGGAGUAUUCAAAGGAGCAGAUAAAGAUGAAGGACCAGUCCCUGAGGAAGGUGGAGCAGGAGAUGGACAGCCUGACCUUCAGGAACCAGCAGCUGGCCAAGAGGGUGGAGCUGCUGCAGGAGGAGCUGGUCACCACGGAAACCAGAGGGAAAAAGAACAGGAAGUCCAGUGACUCCCCAUCACAGCACAGUCAUCAGCACCAGACUGUCUUCGACGAGGACCUGCAGAAGAAAAUCGAGGAGAACGAACGCCUCCACAUGCAGUUCUUCGAGGCGGAUGAGAAGCACAGGCAGAUGGGGGUUCUGCUCCGAGAGAGGCUGGAGGUCCUGGAGACGGAGGGAGCACAGCACCAAGCCGAGGUUGAUGGGCUGACCCAGAAGUACAUGGAGAGCAUCGAGAAGCUACAGAACGACAAGACCAGACUGGAGGUAAAAUCCCUGACCCUGGAAAGAGAAGCCAAGGAAUGCAGACACAGAACCGAGGAAUGUCAGCAGCAGCUAAAGAAAUGUCACACUGAGCUGAACAGCCGCUUGGGUCAGGCUACCAGCGUCGUUCAAGAGAAAGUUCCCUUUAAUGACACAAAACAUUGGCACUAUAACACACUGAAUGUCCCACCUCACAACAGAAGACAUCAGCUGAAAGCAAGGCAUAUUGUUGGACAGACAUUAAUGUUCAUUCAGGACCUCGUGGCUGCAUUGCUGAACUUUCACACCUACACAGAGCAGAGGGUUCAGAUCUACCCCAUUGACUCAGCCACGGAUACAAUAUCACCUUUAAACCAAAAGUUUUCUCAGUAUCUUCAUGAAAACGCAGCCUAUGUGCGCCCUCUGGAGGAAGGCAUGCUGCACUUGUCUGACAGUAUUACGGAGGACACUGUAACUACAUUGGAAACAACUGUGAAACUAAAAGAAUUUUCAAAUCAUUUCACAUCAUAUACCUGCUUCCUACAGAAGAUUCUUCCCUGUCAGUUGAAAAGUCUGGAGGAGGAGUGCGAGUCCUCUCUUUGCACGUCCUCUUUAAAAACAAAAAACACGGAACUGCACAGCGACGUUAAAAAGAUGACCUCUGUGUUUGAAAAACUGCAGAAUUAUAUCGGCCUCCUUGCUUUACCGAGUACCAAACCUGAGGCAAUCCUUCAGGCCAACUCCAGUGCUGUGUUCACACAACUGGCAGCUUGUCUCCACGGGCUCGAGGGUGUCAUGAAAGAUAUUUCUAAGCACUACAGCCAGAAAGCUGUACUUGAACAAGAACUUCUGACGGUCGCACAGAAGCUUCGAACCACCAAUGAGUGUAUCCUGACCUCCCUUGUGUCUUUGACCAACAUUACUGGAAAGAUUGCUAAAUAUUUCAGCAACAAACUGGAUUUCUUCACUGCCUCGACAGGCUACGGUCCAAGAGCAGGGACUGGGACAAUGAACCCCCUUCAUGCAGAGUCAAUGUUACAGUGCAAGAAGAGAGCAGCUGGCUAUAUCCAAGCCCUGAAGAAGGUCCAUCAGAGCCAGGAGAAGAUUGCAAAGCUGGAGCAGGAGAAGGAGCACUGGAUGCUGGAGGCACAGCUGGCCAGGAUCAGGCUGGAGAAGGAGAACCAGCGGAUCAGUGAGCUGGAGGCUAAGCUUGCGGACUCGAGCAGCGGCCAGCCCACCCCGGAGAGCCCCAGUGCCCAGACCACACCAGAGGAGGGCGAGGAGCCAGGAGAAAGGGGCCUGGGAGAACACUUCACCAUCGGAAUGUUGACAACUAAGAGUGAAGAAGUCCCAGAUGAGGAGUGUCUGGAGCAGCUCAUUAAGAGUCACUACAUGAGCAGAGUGGUGGAGCUGACGUCCCAGCUGCAGGUGGCAGACAGCAGUGUUGUUCAUUUCAAUGCAGAGUGCCGGGCUCUUGCUAAACGAUUAACUCUUGCUGAGAAAUCGAGACAUAUGCUGACAGAGGAGGUGAAGCUGGCCAGACAGAAUGUCAGUCGCUUGCAGGAUGAAUUGACUACAACCAAAAGGAGUUACGAGGACCAGCUGAGUAUGAUGAGUGAUCACCUGUGCAGUAUGAAUGAAACGCCGACAAAACAAAGGGAAGAAAUUGACACUCUGAGAAUGGGCAGUAAGGGAAAUUCCAAGAAGAGUAAGAGUCGAUAGGCAGCAAACAGCUGCUCCUUGAGUCUGGAUUCGACAGCUGAGGACGUGACCAAACCUGAACACGGGGAAACUGAAAAUGCCAAACAGUGGCCCCUUUCCUCUUUUACAGGACAUUACAGAGUGUGGCUGGAGCAGCAGAGGGUGUAUCUGAGAGCCAAGGAUCAAAAUAACCAACAAAAACUUGACUUAACUGUCUUAAUUGAAUUGCCAGCAACUGGCUUUGUGACGUACAGUACACCCUCGCUAUAACAAACCUGUUGGGGGCCAAGCCUUUUGUUCAUUAUAUCGAGGGGUUUGUUAUAGCGAAAGAACAAUCAAAAUGAACAAUAAACUGUUGGAGUAAGUUAAUGAGAUGAUAGUGUGAAUAAAAGUAGAAUUACUUGUAUGUGCUGGUCUCAUGUAUGCAGUAUUCUGCCUUUGCUUUAUCCUAUUCGUUGAAGAAUUAAAACGCAGUACAAAAAGCAAAAGUCCAGAAUUGAAUUCAAAAUGAAUCUUUUCAAAGUGCACCAAAUCUUAAUCUAACAUGCAAGAAUCCCAAACUCAUCUUUUAUUCCAAAUCAACCUGACAUGAAAAGUUCAUCAGAUCCUCAAGUUUUUUUUUUUGUUGUUUUUUUUUUUUCUUUAAUCAAUUUUGCUGUGCCGCAUGGUUGCUGAACAAGCCAAAAAACAGAGUGCUUUUUGACAACCCAUAUUCACGACAGAGAUAUGCCUGCGUUACAAAUUUUUUCAAACAAUCAACAUAGUUUAAAGCUUUCAUAGUUACACAGCGCACGCUUUUUAUUAAGACAGUAGAGCUGACCUCACUUCGGAGGUGGCAUCCUGUGUGUGAGCCAACAUAGGAAACAGGCAAAUUAAGAUUGAAAACCAAAGUAAAAGCAUCAUGUUCACAAGUAAUUCAUAAAAGUUUACAAUCUUGUCCCCCAUCAUCAGGCUAAUGCAUUUUUGAUAGCUUAAGCACAGGGGACAGGGAGGAGCUGUCACAUAGCCACAGGCUCUCCAGGUCCUAUAAAUUCCAGGUCCAGUUUACAGGCGGUGGCUCUAACCUGAAAUGUGUAUAUUCCUUCUUUUUAACCUGUUUCAUACAGGUCCAUUUACAUUCUGUAUGUAGACAAGGACCUACCAUAUCAUCAUGGAAUAUCAAUGCAUAGGAAUCAAUAUUGGAUUAACAGGAACAUAAAAAAAUAAAAAAAUCAUAUUGUUUGUAUCGUGCAGUUUUUAAAUGACAUUUUAUUUGUUAAUUAAAAGAAAUAAAAGUUUGUAUAUUUUAUAAUCUGUAUGUGUUUAGGUUUUUAGUUUUUUUUGCAGGGUUUUCUUUCUUGGCAGGCAUAAAUCUGGCCCAGUCAGUGUGAAAAAUGAUCUUCAUCUACACUUUACUGUCUCAUUAAAAUACGACAAUUGUUCUAAAUAAACCGGUACAAAACA